AUGGUUAAAAUAUUUCUCAGGAAGUGGUAUCCUCCGAGUAAAAGAGCUGAGAUUCGUGAUCAAAUUUACGAGUUCAAACAACGUCAUGGGGAGAAACGUUUUGAGGCUUGGGAGAGGUACAAAGAAUAUUUGGAUAGGAGUCUGAACCAUGGUUUCCCAUAUCAUAUUCUGAUAGAGAUGCAGCAGACAUUGGCACAAUUGGCCACGAAUAUCUCUUUACUGAUGAAGAGGCUUGAUCAGAGGAAGUCGAAGAAGGAGAUACGCGAUCUUUCUAGAGAACAACAUCCUGCUAGAAAGGGAGGACUUCCUAGUGAUACUAUUCCAAACCCUAAGAACAGAGGUGUGGAGCGUACUUUUGCUAUUAGCAAAAGAAAAAUACUUCAAAGUGCAGACAAUAAGGUGGUUGAUGUAGAUCCGAUUAAUAAGGAAGAAGAGGUGCAGUCUAAUGUGCCUAUUAGAGAUGAUGAGGUCCAUGUUGAAGAAAAAGUUACUGAUAUUCCAGAUGUUGCUACGGAUAAUAGGAAACAGACUAUAAAAGCGAGGUUGGCAAAGAAGACUGAUGAUGCGAAGUGUCAAAAGUUCUAUGAUCAGUUCAAGCAGUUAACAGUGAAUUUUCUAUUCUUAGAUGCUGUGAAAGAGAUGCCCGAAUUUGCUAAGUUCAUAAAAGACCUGCUUACGAAGAAGAGGUUUGUUCAACAUGAAACAGUGAAUUUAACUCAUCGCGUGAGUUCAAUUAUUGCUUCCACCACGGUUCAAAAGAAGGGAGAUCCUGCGGUGUUUACCAUUACGUGGAAUAUCGAGCUUCAUGCAUUUGCUCGUGAUCAAUGUGAUAAUGGGGUGAGUAUCAAUUUAAUUCUCCUUGAUAUUUUGAAGCAAUCCGGAUUGGGAAUUCCUAUACCGACAUCUAUGCGAUUACAAAUAGCGGACAGAUCCGUCAAGAAGCCAGUUGGGGUUGUAGAUGAUGUGUUGGUAUAA